AGUAAGCAGUAAAAACAAAACAACAUCGCAUCUCGAAGAAAAAAUUCAAUUAUCCAUCCCGGUAUCAGCUACAUUACAACAAAAAACCUCCGUUAUCACAGAAACAGACAGCAAUGGCUUUCAACUUUUCCGCAUUUUCGUACAUUAUCGCCCUCAUCGGCGACGCCUUUCUCAUAUUUUUCUCAAUUUUCCACGUAAUUGCCUUCGAUGAGCUCAAAACGGACUACAAAAACCCAAUUGAGCAAUGCUCGUCACUGAAUCCGCUCGUCCUGCCGGAAUACUUUAUACACAUUUUGUUCAACGUUUUAUUCCUGUUUGCCGGAGAAUGGUUCUCGUUGCUACUAAAUGCACCAUUGAUAGCAUAUCAUGUGUACAGGUACGUUAAUCGACCAGUGAUUAGUGGACCGGGACUUUAUGAUCCAACAUCGAUCAUGAACGCCGACAAUUUGAACUAUUGUCAAAGGGAGAGUUGGAUUAAGCUCGCCGUGUACUUGUUGUGCUUCUUCUAUUAUCUUUAUGGCAUGAUUUACUCAUUAAUUUCGUCAUAAAGAGACACACCCACGAAGAUUUACGUUCUUUUUUGUGUAACAAAUUGCUAAAUGUUAAUUUAUAAGGAGAUACAAUCAUUUGAAUAACUCAAUCACCAAUCUUUUCCCCACUCGACGUCUCUGUUGCUUGUGAAACAAUCAAAUCUAUUUAAAAAUAACGAAACGAAACCAAACGUUAAUAAAGGUAUUUUUCGAAAAAGUGU